UCACGGGGAAUAGCGCUCUUGUCAGUCUACUAGUCUGAUGUGUACACAGUUAUUCCCGGUUAUAAUUUGGUGCUUUUAGACGUGACCUUGGGUUAGAGGACUGAACACAACGAUUUUUUCCCCCCCUCAUUCCAAUCGGGAGGGAUUUAUUCUCUGCAGCACUGCAACGGAAUGGGAGCUGAAUGAAUUGAAACGUGGAUACAAGCUUAAGAAGCAGAAACAACAGGAGGAAUAGGAGCCUGCGGUAGUCGGAUACAAUGGCCAGCAUGACCUACAUACCGAGGAGCUUAAUGGACGCAUCUCUGCUGUAUGGAGACAUCAGACAGCCACUGACGGGCUGUUCAACCUUGUAACACAGUCAUAAGUGACCUUCAUUUUUAUUUGCUGCUGCACAACUAUGAACAACAAGACACGUGAAUGUGAGUGUGACUGAGCAAAGGGUGUCAUCCAUGCAGUCCUAUGCAAAAUAAGGGAACAUGAUCAAACAGGAAGAUAAGCUUUGCAAUGCUGGCGGUUUUGCUGACCUUUGGAUACAACUCCAGGUUCAAAGAAGAAACCAAAAGAAAAAAUUAACCAAGCGAGUGGCCUGAGGCUCCUGGAUGCUCCCUGACGUUCUCUCUCAGUGCACUGCCUAUACUAGCUCUGCUCUUUGGAUUAGCCUGCUGCUCAUGAGGCCUGUAGUGAAAGUAAGGAUCAAAAGUCUAGAAGGAGCCCGGGCUGAAUGAACUUCUCGAGCCAGGGCAGUUGUAGCUGUGCCUUAUCCACUCACACGCAACAGAUUGUACGGUCGUGAUUCGUAAUUAUGCUGUGAUCAGCAAUAAAAUCAACAUCUAAGCAAUACGAACUGAAGGGAUUUGCAAAAAAAAAAAAAACUCUGAUCCAACUAGACAUUUUUGGCCAUCAGCAACAAACAUAAACUGUCGGCAUUAUGCUUCUGAACUGUGGUCAGCCUCUUCUGAGGCACACGGAUGUGCCGCCUCGGGUCAUAGAAAACUUCAUCCUGACUGGAUACCGAUUCCCAAACUACAGCCUGAGGGACUGCUUAUUGUCAGCCUUCAGGCCGACCAACGAAACAGGAAACUUCUGGACUCACUUCCUUCCAGUUUUCAUUUUUUUUUACUAUUUCGUGGAGGUGUUUGGCUGGGAAGGUGCACCUGAUGGCGAUGCCCCAUUCUUCUAUCCGCUGUGGAACUACUUUAUUGGGGUGUUCUGUCUGCUCAUGGCCAGCAGCAUGGCCCACCUGCUGAACUCAAUGUCUCUGGUGGUCAGAGAAGUUUGCUUCUUUGUGGAUUAUGGCACCAUCAGCGCGUACACGGUGGGCUCAUCAUUGGCGUACUACUACUACAUCCAUCCUCGAGCAGGGAUAUUGGAGACAGGAGGCCACAACAGCUCCCACAUGGACUUGAAACAUGAACCUGUAGGGACUCCUACAUCCUCCUAUGCAAUCCCAGAGUUCAGUGUGUUCUUUGACACCUUCUACAUCCCGUCUGCUUGUGUUGUAGCCAUCAUUUGCGUUUUAUCUUGCUGCAAUACUCGCCAGAGGUGGAGGCGGCAUCGGUACAUCAUCCGAACCUUGGUUUUUCUCCUCCCAUUCCUUAUCUCCUCCACCCCAGUCUUCUACCGCCUCCUCACCAGGUCGCCUUAUUCCACCUCCUCCUCCUCCUUUGCUUCUUCCACCUCCAUGCCCAACUUCUUCUAUCGCCACUGUCUCUGGCUGCUGGUGUCAGCCGUCUUCAACAUCAGCAAGUUCCCCGAGCGGCUCGCCCCGGGUCGCUUUGACAUCUGGGGGCACAGCCACCAAUGGUUCCAUUGCUGCACGUUUUUGUCCAUCCUCGAUGAACUUCACAUGAUCAAGGCUGAGGUGAGGGCCAUCCUGCUGAGCCCCACUCUGCUGCUGCCGCCCAACACCCUCGCCCGCCUACCUGGACCUACCAUCACUUCCACCUACGGAGUGAUGCUCCUCCUCCAGACCACCAUCAUCUCCAUCAUCAUAGGGUUCUCCUGGCGUGCCAACUGCAUCUACGGACCCCAAAGAGACCAGCUAGAAAAGGAACACCCCAAGAAACACCUGAAAUGUCACUGAUCACAGAGACGUCCUUUUUCUAUCAUCUCAAACUGUGAAGGAAGAUUUGCACAUGCAUACAGAGCCAUGCCACAAAGCGAAGCGCACAAAAAAAAACAAUAUUCCUCUUCUGAUUCCAAGUCCCUCAUAUGUUCCAGCCCUUUUUGGGAGCGUUUUCAAGCUUUCAUAAGGGGAAAUUGGGGACAACGGGAGAUGAAAGGAUUAUAUUCUGAGCUCACCACAGGGUGGCUGUCUGGUUGAGUGGAUUUUGAAAGUCCUUGCCAGUUUUUUCCCAGGCAUGUUCCAACAGGAUGUCUGAACAGUGGGGAUAAUAACUACCUCUCGGGGCUGAGCACUUGAGGACAGAGGAAAGGUGUUGCUGCUUAGUAGGAGAACUCAACGGUCCAUCAAACAUCUGGGUAAUGUCGCGUAAAAGGCAGUGGGAUCAUAUACAGAAGUUUCUGAUGAGUUAUCUGCUGUCAGGUCCUUUUUUUUUCUUGCACCUCCCUUCCUCUGACCCUAAACAGUAUCUUUUGGAUAUCCUUUGCUGUGACUUCAGUUGAAGCCAUUGUUUCAUGCUGAAUUGAUCUUUUUCUCUGAGCUUUGUUCACCAUACCUUCACUUCCUCAGUGUUGCACGAACGGUCACAUGCAGUCUCAUUUCCUCUCUCUUUGAGACUCUUGCAGCAGGAAGUGCUACAGUCUUGUCGACCACAACAGAAAUAGCUGAGAGCUCAUAUCGGUCUUACAGUACGGCACUUUCAAGGGGGCCAGUCAGACUAGCCCUGUCAUUAAAAGCCAUGUUCACUUUCAACACUUAAAGGAUGCGUAACAUUUUGAAGCGUAUAAUGAUGUCCUGCUGACUGUUGGGUUAUUUCGAUGUGAGCUCUACUCAUGGUGCAGUGAAUGCAUCUGUUGUUUGUGUGGUUUUUCAUCACGCUGAUGACCAGUUCCGCAUGGAUUAUGUUCACACUGCUUAAAGUGAUCUCACUCAGAUUAAAUGUGACGUGGAUCUUAUGUUUUCUUCUCAGUAUAUUGAAAAAAAAAGUACUGUAUAUUCCUGCCGCACACAGAAGUGGCAUUUUCACACCUUUUUUUUGCUUACAACUAAUUUUAGUGAAAUCUCACAAAUAUAUCCAAGCAGCGGCUCCAGAUUGAAGGCCUGCAUUGUAAGCAUUGAUGAAACCAGGGCCUGCUGCUUGCUGAGGAUUUUCAUGUGUCAUGUGAUGUACUGCAACCUCUCAGAGCAAAAGCCAUAGUUUAGAAAAGUGGUAAUUGAAAUAAAGACAGAAUUGUAGUUCUUUACCACCAGGAACAUGCUGGAUAUAUUUGCACUUGACAGACAGAUCAGGUUCAUCUGGCAGUUUGUACCUCUCAAGUACUACAAUUGCAUUCGAGUCAUUGAGCUGUCAUUCCCCUCAAAAAAUACAUAUCUGGCUAUCUGUACAGCUUAUUUACCCACUGCUCUGUUUUAUUUCCAGCCUUCAGAUUUUCAGAUUCACAAUAUUUUUUAUUUUUUUUUCUUGUGGUGCCCAUAAGAUUUAAAAAAAAAAAAACGACUUUUUGAGACUUUGUGGGAACCACGAUCUACCAACCCUUUAGAACUGUUUUCUGCAUCUCUGUCAUAGACUGUAUAUAAAAGAUGAACAUAGCUUCCAGGUCAGAAGGUGAAACCAAUGUGGCGGUGACUUAACCCUGCAUUGCUUGUAACGGCCAGCAGGGGGCGACUCUUCUAGUUGCGAAAAUAAGUGAGAUUGUAUAGAAGUAAAUGAGAAAACUACUUCACUUCUCACCUAAUUUGUUAUCUCAGUAACUAUUUCUAAAUGAGUUUAAAAGUCUCAACCACUAGUUUCACAUCUCCUUCAAUACAGCAUGAUGUUCGUUGUGUACAUUUUUUGUCCUAUUUAGACUAAAACAGAUGCUGAAGGCUGUUGCUACCUUGUGAUUAGCAGGUUGCUACCGUAUGGGACACUGUCCUGGUUGUGUCAGUCCAACCCUCAUUUUGUCAUGUGGCAUUGGUCAGACCACAAACCAAUGGGUUACGUCACAGUGGCUACAGCCACCUAUUCUAAUAUGUUAUAUACAAAUUACAGUGUAUAAGUACAAUUUAAAAAAAAAAAAAAAAACAGUUUCCAAAGUUGUGCACAAGUGUAUCAACAAAGGUAAUAGUCUGAAAUGUCCCUUCUUAGAAAAUACAUAUUUUACUUUUGGUUAAAGGCUGGAUGCGAAACAACAAAAGACACAACUUGAAUAAUGGGUUUUAUGGUCCAAUAUCUUUUCAGCCUUAAGGACAGAUUUGUGUUUAUUGGCCUUCUUUGUCAGAUCAUCAGGUAUUUAUUAUUUCAGAGGAAUGGAUGCAUAACUCGAAUAUAAUUGUGGUAAAAAAAAAAGUAAGUUAUGAGACUGUGUAGAUUAAAUGCUAAUCUUACUGAAAAAGCUUCAACUUUGAAUUGCAUGAUCCGAGCUUUAGUCUCAUUGUUAGCAAUUAUUCAUGUGCUGUAUGAUCAUAUUCUAUGUCCUGUAUGAGUUUCUGAUACCGGACCCAAACCUGAUGAGCCCCCAUUUUGUUGCUUCAAACUCAGGCCAGGUUUUUGGUUUGGUUGUUUUAAGCAGCGUGCCAUGUAUUCUAAGUAGUUACGGAUUGUUUAGAGAUGGAAGAAAGAGUAGUGGUAGCUCAUGUGGUAAGCAAAGUAAUCAAUAAAAAAAGGCCAAGAUAUACCCUUUCUGGCAUGUUUAGGGUGUUCCAAAUGAAAAGAAAAAUAGCUAUAUUGGAUACAUACAUAUGAGCAUUACAUGAUCCACAGAAUUCAUUGAUUUGUUUAGUCUGACCAAACAGUUCUAAUGUGUCCCGUUUAGCACAUUUAGUUGAGUAGAACUCUGAACCCCUGCUGAGGUGUCCGUGAACACUUUGUGCUGCUGUGCACCAGGGCACCAAUGAAGGAGCAGAAAACAGGAUUUUCUUCUGAGUUCAUUUGCACAGUGAAAACGGACCAUGACUGUCAGCGUUUAGGUGGAGAUGAAUUGGGAGAAUGUACGUUUUCUGUGUCGUGUCCUUGCUGAUGUUGUCCUGUCAUUGGAGCUGCAGCCAUUUCAAUUGUGGAUUGUUGUGUCUAUUAUGUCUCGAUUAAUCGAUUUGCUCUGUAGAAGUGUUGAAAAAUUGUGACAAAUGUCCAUCAGUGUUUCCAGAAUGAUAAAUGUCUUGUUCUUUUUUUUUUUUCCCCACAACCCAAAGAUGUUCAGUUUACUGUCACAGAGGAGUAACAAACCUGAAGCAUUCAACUUUAAGAAGCUGGAAUCAGAGAAUUUGGACUUAAACCCAUUAAUCAGUUAGAAAACAUUUUGAUAGUUGACAAUUAGUCGAUUAAUUGUCGCAGCUCUACCUGCCGUGCAGUCUUUCCCUUUAAAUUCCAAGCUCUUGCUUGUGCGUCACAUGUGUUUUUGAUGACAUGUUGAUGUUGGUCAUUGUCUAAUUUUAGAAAUGAUAUACUAAAAUUUGCACACUUACAUGCAUUCGUUUGCACACAAGAAAAAGAUAAAGAGAGUUGUUAGUUAUAUGCGACACUGGAAUGAGUACAGAAGGACCGUAUUGAGUGAUUGUCACAAUCAUACUGUUCAUGGUGCACUUUAAAGCUUAUUUAAAGCUGUUCCUUUAAGGGUCAGUCCUGCGGUACUGUAUUAUUUCAACACAUUUCAGGUUUAUGUUGUGCUUUUUAAUGAAUAGUCAGAGAGAUUCAUCAAAUAACGAUGUUUCUACCUCAAUACAGCAUCUGUGUCACUCUGUCGCUGAGAAGAACCAUCGUUGAAACAUGUUCUGUUCCCUCUCUGGACUGUGGCUGUCAGACUUGAAUCUAUUAAUGUUUAAGCAGUGUUCAGUAUGUGAAUGUUAGACCUAUAGACUACUGUAUGUUACCUAGUGAAGUACUCAGGGGUGACUGAAAGAACGACUCUAAUACAUUAUUUACACAUGCAUUUAAUUAUGAAUCACAAGAAGAGGAGGAUGAUUAUAGUACUCUGUGUCUGUCAAUGCUGAAAAAAUGAAAACCCUCCAUUAUGUUAACUGAUUUAUCAAAUAGCACUGAUGGUAUGUAUCGUUUGAGUUUAACUGAAUAAAUUGCACAGAGGUCUGUUAUUA